GGGAAGCUCUGAGAAGGCCUUUUUUAGACCUACUAAAUCUCAAACGUCUUUACUUCAAAAUAAUCUUUAUGCCAAAAUGGCAUAUUUUGGGGUGGCAUAUUCUGAUCCCCUCCAGCUGUAAGGAGCAACAUUCCCCUCUACUUAUUUGCCUUAGGGUCUUCCUUUAAGUAUAUGUUCCACACCUUCUGUUGAUGCGUCUUCUGUGCAGACAUUCUAGAUGCCGAGUCCCCUGACACGAUGAAAAUGUAGCAGGAGACAAGCCCUGUAUUCAGAAAGGACCAUAAGAGCAUAGUUCAACAUGGUGCUGCGCAUCAGGACUUGGGGAGAUGGUCUUUUCCAGAAAUUGCCACAGUGCUCUGAGGAGCCAGUUCCUGUUUACUGCUGAGGAGCUGGACGUGGGUGCUCAGCUGUUCUGCAAAUGCCCACAGGAAGCUCACUUCACUCCGAAAGGUGGCCACAUUCUGGAGGACUUCCCCAGUAGGACUUUUUUCUUUCACGAAAGAACCUGUUCUUGGGGAUGUGGAGGUGCCUGGUUGGAGAAGGAACUGGCUUCACCUGCUCCUGGGCCAGAAGCCAGAAGGAGGCAAGGUUGGCCAGGCUGACCUCUACGCUGCGGCAGGCAGGGCCUGCCAGCCUCCAGCUGGUGGAAGCGGAUGACCGGGCCGGCCGGCUCUGCAGGCCUUGAGAAAGGCUCUGAGGAGGAUUGGAGGCUGGAGGCAGAGCAGCAGACCAGUGUUGGCCCUGAGGCCCCAGGCGGCAUUCUCAGCUCUCACCUAGACUUCCCGAGCUGUGCUUUGGGGCCUGGCUAAUGAUUAACAGGAACUAUGUUGCUCUGAGGUGCUCAAAGCUUCCGGGAGUGAGGGGCCUGUGGCAGGUGGAGGCCACCUCUGUAUGUACGGCCCAGCCUGUGAUGUGACAGAACCACUUGGUGAGGGACAGACUUCCUGUCACCUGGUGAGGGCGGAUCAGAAUUCUCCGGUGGCUGCACAGGUUUGUUCCUGCGUUUGUGCGGAGACAGGACAGAGGCCAAGAAGACUCCUGGGAACACCGACCCUUCCCUGGAGCCCUGCAGAGGCCGAGCUGCCGAGGGCGAGGAAGACCAUGAGGAGAUGGAGGGCAGCUGGAAGGGCAUCCUGGCUGUGCUGGUCGUCCUGGCUGGGCUGGCAGCUUCUGGAUCCAGCUAUCAAAUCAUAGAGGGUCCCAGGAAUGCCACGGUGCUGGAGGGCUCGGAGGCCAGCUUCAAUUGCACCAUCUCGCCGGGCUGGAGCCUCAUCAUGUGGGCUCUCAACGGCACAGUGGUUCUGAGCAUCACGCCCAAGGAGCCCAUCAUUACCAAUAAGCGCUUCACCUCUGUGAGUUACGAGGAGGGUGGUAACUUCAUCUCUGAGAUGAUAAUCCACGAUGUGCAACUCAGCGAUGCAGGGCAUAUUAAAUGCAGCCUCCAAAACAGUGACCGGGAUGGAUCUGCUUUCCUUUCAGUCCAAGUCAUGGGGGCGCUGCACAUCCCUGGUGGCAGCCUUAUAGUCACUGAGGAUGAACCUUGUAAUGUGAAUUGCUGUGCAGUGGGCUGGUCCCCUCUCCCAGAUAUUUUCUGGGAGGUCGGUGUCCAGGCCAGCCAUUCAAGCUAUUAUUCUGUUCCUGAGCCCGACGACCCUCAAAGUGCAGUGAGCAUCCUGACCCUCACACCCCAGGGCAAUGGGACUUUGACUUGCGUGGCUAACAUGACGGGGCUGCACACCCACAAGUCCGUAACUGUAAAUCUUACUGUGGUUCAGCCUCCCUUGGGCAGUAUUGAUAAACCAGGUACAUCCUUGCCUACCUGGGCCAUUAUUCUCCUUGCAGUAUCCUUUUCAUUGCUUUUCAUCCUGAUUAUUGUUCUGAUUAUAAUAUUUUGCUGCUGUUGUGUCUCCGGGAGAGAGAAUAAAGAAUCUAGUUAUCAAAGUGAAGUAAGACACCUGAUGACCACCAGCCAGGCCCAGCAAGUCGCCCGCAGGUUUCCUUCAAUGUGGCCAGUCCUAGGAAGGUCAGGAAUGUGACUUUAGUAUAGUGAAGAUGACUUGCAUCUCGAUGGCCUCAUCUUCCUCUCCGUCUAAGGCUGGACCCCAGCUCUGCCAGCAUCACCUGGAAGUAGCCACACUGGGGUCACCGGAACAGAUAGUUUAUGGUGAGAUGGGGAAUCGAUUUCCCAGCUUCCAAAGUAGACUUUGUUUCUUCACAUGUUUCCGGAUUUCAGUGAAUUCUACAAAGUUCCUGAAUAAAAGCUGCAAUCUCAACAUGGCAAUUGUUUGUUACUUGACACUCUUGGCUAAUCCAAUAAAUAUCAACAUCCUACCAUGACUUUAAAAA